AUGUCUGAAGAAGAACAGGCGUUGCUAGGAUUAAGAGAAGAGAGCGACGACUUUUCAAGAAACUCUCUUCUUGCCUAUCACAAGCUCAACUUCGUUGUUGGGAACUCACCCAAUGGAAGGACUGAGAUGGCCUCUGUCAUUCGCCGAAUAAGGCGAACUAAUAAGAAGGCCGCUAAGUACCGUUUUACGGCUACUUUAGAAGAGCUACUUCUGGUCGGUUCAGAAAAGUGGAAACCAAGCACAGUCAUCGUUUCGUUUCUACAUAGGCGGAGGAAGAUCAGCUCGAAAGAAAGGAAAUGGGAGGAGUCCUUUUCAAACCCAGAUCAGACAGUGAUUAUGUGGCCAGAGCAAGCCCCGGAACAUAUUGAUAUUUUGACUACGUUGUAUAAGUCUCAACACGAUGAUCAGUAUGAUGACAAAGAAUGGACGAUCGUUGUCGAAGAAGUUACGGCGAAAGGAAGGAGGAAACCCAUUGCAGCGGUGCCGUUGAAUGUGCGUCUCUUCAUCAUGGAUCAUCCUGAUCAAAGAUCUGAACUCAAACUGAAGCUCAGACCGCUAACAUCUCAGCUAAAGCAAUGCAAUUUAGUACUGUUACUCUCAAGCCACUUGCUGAAGGAGGGACUGAACGACGACGUGAGCCUUGCCUCAACAGCCUCUCAUGCAGAGCGCUCAUCUCGCGAACAAAGCGUAUGCGAUGUCGCAAGUCCUCAUCAUGUCGAAGAGAGUGGAGACCAAGCCGAUGCGAAGCAGGAGCUCGUCCAAAUUGCUGGCAAAAUCCAAAACCAGUCAUGGUCGGCUGUCCCAAAGGAAGAUGUUGAAACUGAAUCAAACGCUCGUGAGAAUGCGAAAGUACAACUUGACUCACAACCUUCUUUGAAAAUUUCGUCAAUUACCAAGAACGAAGUUUUGACAGAAGAUCAAAAUGCUGCCAAGGCAGAGGUAAUAGAACCAGAAACGAAGGCUACAGCAACAGAAAACAUCAGGCCUCACUGGCGUUUACCCGCUGAGGAAAGACCGUUGUCCAAGGAGCGAGAUACCUCAAUCAACCCACCUACAGAAACCUUCUUCAAGGUUGACGAGAAAUCUCAACCCGUGGUUAUACCCCAUCCACCAGAACUUGUGGCGCAAACUGCAUCGCCUAGGAUGAGGACGCAUUCUCCACGGGCUCCUUCACGGGAACGAGCUCCAGAAAAGCUCGAAGGCGAAGCGCUGUUGGCUUGGGCUCAGCGAGUAACUAACGGCUAUCACGGUGUAAAAGUGAACGAUUUUACAAAAUCGUGGCGAAGUGGGUUGGCUCUCAACGCACUUUUGCAUUCUUAUCGCCCUGAUCUUGCUGGUGAUUAUGAUGCAUUGGACUUUUCAGAAACUAUGAAUGGGAGAAAGUCCAAUGUUAAAAAGGCCUUGGCUGUGGCGCGAGCUAUUGGAAUUAGUGAUAUACCAGAUGAAAAUGACAUCAUCACUCCGGACAGCAAAACAAUACGACUUCUGCUAGAAAGGCUUCGCCGCGUACUCGAAGGUAAUACUGACUUACCAACACCAACAUCAUCCUCUGACCAUAGAAUUUCGCAGUUAUAUCAUAUCUCAGAAGCGGAGAAAAAAGUUAUUGAUGAAAUUAACAAGAUCAAGGAGCAACGCGAAGCAGACUCCGCCGUCGAUUACUCACAUGUUAAUGACGAAACUGAUGGUCAUGAUGCAGCAAAAGAUUCUACGCCCGUCGCACAUGAAGCUCAAGUAAAUGCGAAUGCUAAUCAAAAUGGUGGUGGGUACGAGGAUCCAGAUAGCGAACUUGAAAGAGAUGUGUCCUUCAGAGACCACGAUGUCUCCGUCACUAUGGUCACCCCUCUUCCAACAUUCUCGUCUUCGGGUCGAGCUACGAGUCCAUCGAAAAAAGAAGAGCUGCGAAAGAAGGCACGUCAAAUGCUCGAGAAUCCUUCAGCUGCUGUCUCGGCGAUGAAAGCUCGAUCAAGUGAUGACAACAAACGCCGCGAAGAAGCUCGUCGCCUCAUCGAAGAUGCUGUAACAGAUGGUGCAACCUACGUUGUUGGUCCAGUCGAAGCAUCAACGUCGAUGACAACUUCAUGGAGCUCCAAGUCGCGUUCGCCUCUAAAUGGAUCAAGCUCAGAUCUGCGGAAAAUUGAAUUAGUACGACCAUCGAUUGCUAUCCAUACAUUCAACAAACGUGAUCCAUCGCCUGUCCUGAAGCGGAAACAAUAUGAUGCUACACCAGUGAUACCGGGAAUGGGUCGGCCGACGCAAAUGAUGAACGACCGUUUAAAGUCUCGUGGCACAACGUCAUCGGCCUUCGACAGAGUGAAACGAUUUGGAAGCAUGAGAAGUCAGGAACUGAAAGAGGCCAUGGCACAGCUGGCCAAACAAUAUGGGAUACAUGAUACGCCUAGCGGUUCUCAGUCAUCUCUUGGUGCAACCCCUACCAGAAAAGUCACAUCACAGUGGGAGAAGGAUGUUGACGACAUAGAGGGUACGACGGCCGAGCAGCAGCGAAUCCAGGAGCGACUCGGUGACGUUACUGCGCAAGCUAGUGCAAUCCAAGCAAAGAUUCGAGAGACUGAACAAGGUAGCUCGGAGGAACAAACAUUGCUCGAAACUUAUAUGAAUCUCACUAACGAAAAGAACUCAUUGGUUGGACGUCAAGAGUACUACAACAUCAUAGAAAACAUUAGGGAAGCUAGCCGCCAUAUUGCCGAUCUCAAUCAGGAGCUUGACAGCAUGACGAGGAAUACUCGCGAUGACUACUUCAAAACAGCGGAAGAGAAGGAUCGUACCGACGAGCUUAUGGAAUCUUACAUGGAGGCCAUUCAAAAGAAGGACGAUCUUAUACAGAAGCUGUUCGCUACUGAAGAGCAAUUGCAAGAAGACGAAAGCCGGCUGAAGUCUUUAACACUCGAACGAGCAAGCAACUUUGUGCGAGGAAAUGACGAGCCGCUCACGGCUAGUCGAAGAAUUUUGACUUGGUUGAGAGGAUAGCUCUACCUCUUCCUCUCUUCACAACCUCUUCUGCAGAACAACGUCAUUUCUAAGCAAUCAUCCGAUUUGCUACAAUAUUUGCUGAGCUUUACCAUUGUUCGCUCCUAUCUCGAUUCUCUUUCAUGUUUUUAACACUGCUUAACUAUAGUUUCCGCUACUUAUCCAUCAGUCUAAUCUACGCGAUUAUAUAGUAAUCGUAAAUGGUUGCCAUUCAGAUUGCCCACCUUACCAGUAAUCAUCCCUUUGUGAUCAUGUUGCUUGUCAUUCUUACUUCUCUAUUGUUUUCCAUAUUAUUAAUUCCUUAAACUAGUCGUUGUUGAGCCUAGAGACUGAUACAUAGCAAAACAUUUGAGCAUUUUUAGGUCUAGGUUAAAGUUUGUUUGAUUGUCCUUUGUAUAGAAUAUACGCG